GGGCGGGACUCGACGCUCAUUGUCCGCCGGCUCGACUUGAAGCCAGAAGUCCAAAGUUUGGCAAAGUUGGCAGCGGGCGGCGUACUCUCGCGGCGACUGUGGGUGCCGCCGGUGUGCCGGGACGAAGCGCGUGCACCGUGGCCGAAGCAGCGGGCGCGCGGUGCGGGCGCUGCACGGCUCGAGCGCCCACACGUUGGGAGCAAAUUUUGGAAGAAGAAUCACACAAAAGACUGGCGGAUUUUACUUUCAUGUGCGUAACGAGCGGUGCCACGCAUGAGCGGGACUGAGCGCGCGACCUGUCCCCGGGGAUUUAGACAAACGGCAGGAGACGGACAUGGAGACCUUCUUUAAAGAGGGCGAGCGCGUCUGGCUGCGCCAAGAUGAUCAGAACCUCCCCGCCACCGUCUCCUCCUGCUCGGAAGGCGUCGUCGUCUUUACCAGCGACUACGGACAGGUGUACGCGUACAAGCAGAACACGCUGACGCGUCAGAAGGUUCAGGCCAUGCACGGCAGCAGCGUGGCGGGCGUGGAGGACAUGGCGGCGCUGGAGGACCUUCACGACGGCGCCAUCAUGUACAACCUUUUCCUUCGGUAUCGCCAACGACUCAUCUACACUUACAUCGGGUCCAUCCUGGCGGCGGUGAACCCGUACCGGCCGCUGGCUGGCUUGUACGAGCGCGCGGUGGUGGAAGCGUACGCAGGACAGCACCUGGGCCAGAUCCCGCCGCACAUCUUCGCCGUGGCCAACGAAUGCUACCGCGCACUCUGGAGGAGGCCGCGCAACCAGUGCGUGCUUAUCAGCGGCGAGAGCGGUGCCGGGAAAACGGAAAGCACCAAACUGAUUCUGAAAUUCUUGUCGGCUAUGAGCCAACAUUCGCUGGACUUGUCGUCCAAGGAGAGGACGUCGCACGUGGAGGAGGCGCUACUGGAGAGCGGUCCCAUCAUGGAGGCCUUCGGUAACGCUAAGACGGUGUACAACAACAACUCCAGCCGAUUUGGGAAGUUUGUCCAGCUGCAUUUCAGCCAGAAGGGGAACAUCCAGGGUGGACGCAUCGUCGACUACCUCUUGGAGAAGAACCGAGUGGUCGGACAGAAUCCGGGCGAGAGGAAUUAUCACAUCUUCUAUGCUCUGUUAGCGGGAACCGAUGACCAACAGAAGGAUGCUUUGGGUCUGAACCCGACGUGUGCUUUCAACUACCUGACUGGCUCUGGAACAUCCCCCGACGAGACCAUCAACGACAAAGGCACUUUUCAAGAUGUUCUGAACGCUAUGCGGACGAUGCAGUUCACGGAGGCCAACGUGCACGAGAUCCUGAGAUUGCUGGCGGGAAUCUUGCACGCCGGCAACAUUCACUUCAUGACGGCCGGAGGCGCACAAAUCACGUCCAAAUCCGCUCUUAAGUGGACGGCGGAGCUCUUGGGCCUAGACCCGGAUCGGCUGGCCGAGGUUCUGACACACAGGUCCAUGAUCCUCAGGGGGGAGGAGAUCUCCACCCCGCUCACCGUGGAACAGGCAGUGGACUCGCGAGACUCCAUGGCCAUGGCGCUUUAUUCGCAGUCUUUCAACUGGAUCAUCCGCAAUCUCAAUGCUCGCAUUCGGGGGAAAGACGAUUUCAAGUCCAUCAGCAUCCUCGACAUCUUUGGAUUUGAAAACUUUGAGGUGAACCACUUCGAGCAGUUCAACAUCAACUACGCGAACGAGAAGCUUCAGGAGUAUUUCAACAAGCACAUUUUCUCGCUGGAGCAACUGGAGUACAACAAGGAAGGUCUGCCGUGGACGAACAUCGACUGGAUGGACAACGGCGAGUGUUUGGACUUGAUCGAGAAGAAACUGGGCCUGCUGGCGCUGAUCAACGAGGAGAGUCACUUCCCCAAAGCCACGGAUGACACGUUGCUGGAGAAACUGCACUGUCAGCACUCGAAAAAUCCCUUUUACGUCAAGCCUCGUGUGGCCGUUCACUACUUUGGAGUGAAACAUUACGCGGGAGAGGUGGUGUAUGACGUGAGGGGAACGUUGGAAAAGAACAGAGACACUUUCAGGGACGAUGUGCUCCACAUGCUUAGGGACAGCAGGUCCGAUUUGGUGUACGAGCUUUUCGAGCACGUGCCGAGCCGCAACAAGCAGGACACGCUCAAGAGUGGCGGCAAGCACCGAAGGCCCACCGUCAGCUCGCAUUUCAAGGACUCUUUGCACUCUCUGAUGGCGACGCUCAGCACUUCCAACCCGUUCUUCAUACGGUGUAUCAAACCCAACACGCACAAGACGCCUGACGUCUUCGACCCAGCGGUGGUUCUGAACCAGCUUAGGUACUCGGGCAUGCUGGAGACGGUGAAAAUCCGACGCGCCGGCUUUCCCAUCCGACGACCGUUCCGGGAAUUUUGCCGCCGGUACAAAGUUCUGAUGCGUGACAUUUCGACGCAAGACGACGCCAGGGGGCGCUGUGAAGAGCUGCUGCGGCACUACGACGACAGCGGCACCUUGUGGCGGAUGGGGAAGACCAAGGUGUUCCUCAGGGAACGUCUGGAACACGGUCUGGAAAAGCAGCGCGAGACGGAAGUGCUGCGCGCCGCCGCCGUUAUCCGGGCCCACAUUGCCGGCUACAUCGCCAGGAAGCAGUACCGCCGGCUGGUGCGCUGUGUGCUGCUGAUCCAGAAGAACUUCCGUGCCUUUUACUGGCGAAGGAAGUUCCUGCUGUUGCGGCAGGCGACGCUCACCCUGCAGACGCGCCUGCGGGCUGUCAUGGCCAGACGCCUGGUCGCACGCAUGUUGGACCAGAAGAAGGAGGAGCAAAGGAGAAAACAACGGGAGGAAGAAGAGGAGCGAAGGAAGAAGGCGGAAGAGGAAGAAUCCGAGAGGGAGAGACUGCGUCUGGAGGCUGAACAUCUUCCUCAAGAGAUCUACUCGGAAGCGUCGGCGGAGACCUCGGACGCUCCUCAGACGGCCCCGGUCGUGCCUCUCGAGACAUCGGAGUUGUCGGAAGAGGACGGGCACGGUCAGGAGGCGUCCCAGGUGGAGGAGAUCCUGCGUCUGGAGCGGGAGAUCCAAUCCUUGCAGAUGAAGAAGGAGCGUCAAGAGCUCUCCCUGACCGAGGCCUCGCUCCUGCGCCUGCAGCUGCUGCGCGACCAGGAGCUGAAGCGCCUGGAGGACGAGGCCUGCCAGGCGGCGCAGCGCUUCCUGCGCUCGCUCAACUUCGACGAGAUCGACGAGUGCGUCAGGAACAUCGAGAGCUCGCUGGGCGGCCCCGAGCGGGAGGAGGAAGUGGACGAGGGCUUCGGGGCCGACGACGAGGCCUUCAAGGACUCGCCCGACCCCAGCGAGCACGGACGCUCGGACGGACAGCGCACCAGCGGCAUACGGACCAGCGACGACUCCUCCGAGGAGGACCCCUACGCCAACCGGACGCCGGCCGACGUCCUCCCGGCCGAGUCCCCGUGCGAGCUCAUCCCUCCGGACGAGGACUCGGAAGACGAAGCGGAGGCGACGGCGGCGGCGUUCUCCGCCGACUGCCGCGCUUCUUCGGGAACCUACAACAGCUCCGGAGCGUACCGCCUGGGAUCGGAAGGAGCCCAGUCAUCGUUCGAGGACAGCGAAGACGACUUUGACAGAUUGGACACGGACGACGAACUGUCAUACCGGAGGGAUUCUGUCUACAGCUGCGUCACCAUGCCGUACUUCCACAGCUUCCUGCAAAUCAAAGGCGGCCUGAUGAACACGUGGAAGCGGCGCUGGUGCGUGCUGAAGGACGAGACCUUCUUGUGGUUCCGCGCCAAGCAGGAAGCCCUCAAGCAAGGCUGGCUGCACAAGAAAGGCGGCGGCUCCUCCACGCUGUCGCGCCGGAACUGGAAGCGCCGCUGGUUCGUCCUCAGGCAGAGCAAGCUCACCUACUUUGAGAACGACGGCGAGGACAAACUCAAAGGGGUGCUGGACAUGCACGCCGCCAAGGAGGUGAUCGACAACGCCGACAAGGAGAACGGCAUCGACAUCGUCAUGCCGGAGAGGACGUACCACCUGGUGGCCGAGACGGCCGAAGACGCCAGCCAGUGGUUCAGCGUGCUCAGCCAGGUGCACGGCGCCACAGAGCAGGAAAUCGGCGAAAUGCACGACGAGCAGGCCAACCCCCAAAACGCCGUGGGAACUCUGGACGUGGGCAUGAUCGACUCUGUGUGCGCGUCAGACAAUCCCGAGAGGCCCAAUUCGUUGGUCAUCAUCACCGCCAACCGCGUGCUCCACUGCGUCGCCGACACGCCGGAGGAGAUGCACCACUGGAUCGCGCUGCUGCAGAGGUCCAAGGGCGACGCUCGCGUCGACGGCCAGGAGUUCAUCGUACGAGGUUGGCUGCACAAGGAGAUGAAAAGCGGCGGUGUCGGCAAAGCGCCGUUGAAGCUGAAGAAGCGCUGGUUCCUGCUGACGCACAAUUCGCUGGACUACUACAAGAGCUCGGAGCGCGGCGCCCUCAAGUUGGGGACGCUGGUGCUCAACAGUUUGUGCUCGGUGGUGCCGCCCGACGACAGAGUUUUCAAGGAGACCGGCUACUGGAACGUGACGGUCUACGGCCGCAAGCACUCGUACCGCCUCUAUUGCAAACUCCUCAACGAGGCGGCCCGCUGGGCCGGCGCCGUCCAAAACGUCAUCGACGCCAAAGCGCCUAUCGACACACCCACGCAGCAGCUCAUUCUUCAAAUCAAGGAAAACAGCUUGAAUUGGGAGGUCGUGGAUCAAAUCUACAGACGGAACCCCAUCCUGCGAUACAGCCAGCACCCGCUGCACUCGCCCCUCCUGCCGCUGCCUUACGGGGACGUCGGCCGGGGCGCCUACGGCACGCUGCGGGAGGAGGCGCUGAAGGCCUUCGAGCGGCUGCGGCGGCCCGAGUCGGCGGCCGACCCGGCGCCCCUGAUCCAGGGCGUCCUGCGGGCGGGCCUGGAGCUGCGCCCCCUCCGGGACGAGAUCUACUGCCAGCUGGUCAAACAGACCACGCGUCCGCCGCGGGCCGGCGACCCCGCCGACCUGGCACGCUGGAGGGUGCUAGCGUGCGCCGCCUGCGCCUUCCUGCCCUCCAGGAGCGUUCUGGCCUACGUCAAAUUCCACCUCAAAAGGACACGGGAGUCCGUCCCCGGCACGGAGGCGGAGCGCUACGCCGCCUUCGCCCUGGACGCGCUCAAGAGGACGCGCGGGCGGGAGAACGUGCCGUCGCGGGAAGAGAUCAGCGCCGUGCUGGCUCGCCGGGACAUGAGCACCGCCGUGCAUUGUCACGGCGGCGGCUGCUGCAACAUCAACUUCAACUCACACACCACCGCCGGCGAGGUGGUGGAGAAGCUGGUCCGUGGUCUGGCCAUGGAGGACAGCAAGAACAUGUUUGCGCUCUUCGAGCACAACGACGGCGUGGAAAAAGCCAUCGAGAGUCGCACCGUGGUCGCCGACGUCCUCGCCAAGUUUGAAAAAUUGGCAUCCGGUCCAGAAGAGGGCAGCACAGGCUGGAAGUUGUACUUCAAACUGUAUUGCUUCUUGGACGUAGACAACGUUCCCCAAGACAGUGUGGAGUUCGCCUUCAUGUUUGAACAGGCCCACGAAGCGGUGAUUCGCGGUCAGUACCCCGCGCCGGAAGAGACGCUUCAGUUCCUGUCGGCCUUGAGGCUCCAGUACCUCUUGGGAGACCAAAACCCCCGCACCGAUGUGCCGGAGCUGUCCCUGGUCUUCCCCUCGGCUCGGCUCCGGGCCCGCGUGGAGAACUCUGCGCGGAGCUUCGCGCCGGCCGAGCGCUCGGGCAAGCGCUCCAGUUUCCUGGAGGGAACGCUGAGACGCAGCUUCCGCAGCGGCUCGCUGGGCCGCCGCCGCUCCGAGGCGGAGAGCGGUUUGGAGGCGUGGCUGCGCGAGGAGGAGGCCGCCGUUCGAGCCGGCGUGCUGGAUAAGUGGGGCAAGCUGCGCGGCGUGGCGCCCCAGCAGGCCAUGCGCAAGUACAUGGCGCUGGUCAGGGAGUGGCCCGGCUACGGCUCCACCCUCUUCAGUGUGGAGUGCGGCGACGGCGCCUUCCCGACCGAGCUCUGGCUGGGCGUGAGCCGCGAGGCCGUCUCGGUGUACAAGCGGGGCGAGCCGUGGCCGCUGGAGGUUUUCCCCUACGAGCGCAUCCUGUCCUUCGGGGCGCCGCUCGCCAACACCUACAAGAUCGCCGUGGAGGGCCGAGAACUUGUCUUCGAAACGCAAAUGGUGAUGGACAUCGCCAAGCUGAUGAAGGCGUACGUCAGCAUGAUGGUCAAGAAGCGCUACAGCAACUGCCAGUCCCUCAGCGGCCACGGAAGCCAUUGUAGCGCCUGGUAACCCCGCCCUAGGACUUUGGCCUCCGCGCCAGCAGGGGGUAGCGCUCAUAUUUCCUCGCCGUCACUUGCUGAAUAGCACUGAAAGUGGCUUUUCCGAAUGACUUUUCAAAGAAUGUCCCAAAAAAAAAAAAAAAUGUAAAUAAGCCAUUUUCCCUGGAACAUUUUUCUACUCUGUCGAACUGGCCAGCGACUAUUUUCAGUAAUAAAAAAAAAAAAUUAUAUAAUUUUGCACCCAAGUCCGAGUCACCUGAUAUGGAGGAUCUGCUGAUACCUACUCCCGAUCCGAUACCUCGGCAAUACCGCAGAGAUGAUCAUUCUUGCACGAUACUAUCUUAGCGUUAGCUUUCCGCGACUGUUACCAAAAAGUUUAAAAUUGUUGCUUUGUAGCCCUUAAAAUGUCAAAAUAUAUCUUAAAAACCUGAUCGUUUUCACCCGAAGAUUAUUGGAUCGGGGGAGUUGCUAAAAAAAACAACAACUUAAAACUGUAAGGAACUGGCGUCCACAUACGCUAAUGUCACAUUUUGGGUCAUGUAAACUUUAAAUAUUAAAAAAAACAACCUAAAAUGAGCAGUUAUAAAGCAAAUUCAUGCAUAAUUAGUGCUGCGCAAUAUGAUUACAUAAAUCGCAAAAACUUAGCACCAUUUUAUUUGUCUUAUCGUCGUUAUCGCCUUAAAUAGACCUUUUCCUGCAAUCCACAUUUUGGCCAGCAGAUGGCACUAACUUCCUACAUUAGUGGGAUUCUAUAUGCAGUGGUAGUACCACCAAUUAGCCUCAAGGUGUCUCCAUCAAUAGUUAGCUCACUGGCCCAAGGAGAGUCCAGCUGCCCCCGUAGUACAAGCCAACCACGGCUGCUUUCAACGACCAAUCAAAUCAAGCGUUCGCCAACCGCUCUCCCCGCGCUGCAUCUGGACCUACUUAAUUGGCUCCCUCUACCAACUGUGCAUGAGUAAUGCAUGUAAGACAAUUGAAAAUAGUGAAAAUAGCAAUAUUUGCUCUUAUUUUAGUGCUAUUGACAUGACUAGCCAUUAGCUCCCAGUCAAAAUGGAUUGGACGUACAGCGCCGUCAAUGGCACUAAAACAUGAAUUAGCUAUGCGGUGACCCAAAAAAUUUGAUAAGAAAUGACUGACCACCAGGAAGUGCAAGUUCCAACACAAUUGUCAAUUUUACAAGCCUUAAUGCGAUCUGAUUAUGAAUAAAUCAAAAACUAUUGUCUGACUACAAUACUACACUGGGAGUUGAAUCCUUUUGAACAAGACUGUAUGUACCUGUCGGCCAUCUUGGGACAGAGGACCUACUCCGCUAAAAUAGUCAUAAGUUGCUGAAUUUUUGUCAAAUCGACAAACAUUUUGGUUUACGAUAAUACAGGUCAAAAAGUUAAGGAUAUUAUGGUAACUUUGCCUGAUAUCAACAGGAACUGACUCCCAAAUGUCCCCAAAUCAACAGGAAGUGGCCUGAUAUCAACAAGAACGGACCCCCAAAUAAAUCGGAAGCGACCUGACAUCAACAGGAAGUGACCCCUAACUGUCCCCAAAUCAAAAGGAAGUGAUCUGAUAUCAACAUGAACCGACCUGAAAUCAACAGGAAUUGACCCUAAUGUGUCCCCAAAUCAACAGGAAGUGAACCUGAAAUGUCCCCAAAACAACAGUUAUCCCCAAAUGUGAUCAAAUCUACAGGAAGUGACCUUCUAAAUGUCGCAAAAUCAACAGGAAGUGACCCGAUAUCAACAGGAACUGACCUGAAAUCCACAGGAAGUGACCCCCAAAUGUCAUCAAAUCAACAGCAAGUGGCCGGAUAUCAACAAUAGGUGACCCUCAAUUGUCCCCAAAAUGACAGGAAGUGACCUGAUAUCAACAGGAAAUUACCUUUUUUUCAACAGGAAUUGACCCUUAAAUGUCCCCAAAUCAACAGGAAAUGACCCCCAAAUGUUCCAAAAUCAACAGGAAACGACCUUUUUUCAAAAGGGAGUGACCCUUAAAUGUCCCCAAAUCAACAGGAAGCCUGUUAGGGGCUUACCUGCCACAGCAAUUUCUACAAAAAUGUCAUUUAUUAGUUAAAAUUUGGUAUACAUGACCCAAAAUACAUGGAUGCUAGGUCUCAAUUCUAAUUCUUUUUUUAUUUAAAUUAUGAUGUCAAAAACGGAUUGAACAUCUAGCGCUGUCAAUGAUAGCCAACGAGUUUCAAUGAAUGUUAGCGUGAACAAGUUGUCGAAAAAAAAGCUGCAAACCCAAGUGCCUAUGUAAGUUAACAAUAUGAGUUCUUCCCCCCCCCCCCCAAAAAAUAAACAAGUCGUCACUUUUACGAUAACAAAAAGUUUGUCUGGAUUUUUUAAAAUAGCACACAAGAAAAUCAACUUUUUUUUGGCUUUCUGACGACCAACAUUUUAGCUGACCUUCCAAAAUAAAAAUUUUGUGAAAACAAUCAUAUAUUUUGUGCCAGCUUCUGUACAUAUUGUCAUACCGAUUUAAAUGAGUUUUAUAGUUGUGAAAAGCAGUGAAACGUGAUUACUCAGAUGUCAGACUGAUGCAAAAACAUGUCAUUCCAAAGCUAUUCAUUAGCUUAGCAAGCAAGUGCUGUUUGCUCAACAAAAACGUUCUAAAAAGUACAGCGCCUCUAAAGGGACAUCAACAGAAAUAAAAUAAGUUUAAACAGUCUAGUGCUCACACUGUUUAGCAUUACAUAGCAUUUAAGAUAGCGGACUUUUGCUAUGCAAGUUAGCUACUUGUUCUUUGGUUGUACUAAAAAUGAUAGUACAGGGUUUAGUAAUGCUUUACUUUAAUAUCUGACUCAACUGACACCUGAGCUUAGCCUCAAACUAUAUAAAAAAACAUGAAUAAAUAAAUGAGAAUCUAAGUACAACAAAAGAACAAUUGGCUAACUUGCAUAGCAAAAGUCCGCUAGUUUAUAUGCUAUAUAAUGCUAAUGUUUAACAGAUUGUUCCUGGUGCGCACCAGAUGGUUUAAAUUUAUUUUCUUUCUGUUGAUAUCCCUUUAAGGGCUCUGUAAAGAUUCCGCCAACAUGUCAGCGGACGGCGGGUCCAUCCAAAGACACGCAGAGUGCCUUUUUAAAUUUUUUUUGCUGUACAUUUUUCAUCUUUUCAUGGAAUUUCUCAUCUAUGAUGACGGUUGUACAUUUUCUACCUUCUUUACAGCUGGUGGUUAUCGAGUGCGUGCUUUUUUUUCUUCUUUUUUUUUGACAUGCUCUGUGAGGACCGUUUUUGAUAAUAAACCUUCUCAAUGUGUACUUUUCUCUUUUUAAAGUGUUGUUGAAAAAAAUUCAAAAUAAACAAUGAUGAAUUGCCAACAUUUUUGCCUUGCAGUCAGUGCACCUGAUUGUUUCAUAAAUCCGCUACGAAUUGUUGCCGUUUGGCCUCCAGGGUCCCAUUCUAGCAGCAUCAAGGGAAGUGCCAACCUCUAGCAAAAAAAAAAAAAAAUGCCACAUGACAAAAUCAAUUUACCACACGGCAAAGUCAAUUUUGCCACAUGCCAUAAUCCAUUUUACUACAUGCCCCAAAAAAUGCCAUAUGCCAAAAUCCAUUUUGCCCAUUUGCCACGAAGCAAAAAAAUUCCACAUGGCAAAAUCAAUCUGCCACAUACCAAAAGAAAAUGCCACAUGGCAAAAUCAAUUUUGCCACAUGCCCAAAAAAUGGCACAAGCCAAAAUCCAUUUUGCUAUAUAACCAAAAAAAAAUGCUACAAGCCAAAAUCAAUUUUGCUACAUAACCAAAAAAAAAAAAAAAAAAUGCAACAUGGCAAAAACAAUUGCCACAUUUCAAACUCCAUUUUGCCACAUACCAAAAAAAAAGCCACAUGGCAAAAUCCAUUUUGCCACAUGCUGAAAUCUAUUUGCCACGUACCAACAAAAUGCCACAUGGCAAAAUCCAGUUUGCCACUUACCAAAUAAAAUACCACAUGGCAACAUCAAUUUUACUACAUGCCCCAAAAAAUGCCAUAUGCCAAAAUCCAUUUUGCCCAUUUGUCAUGGAGCAAAAAAAAAAAAAAAUCCACUUGGCAAAGUCAAUUUUGCCACAUACAAAGAAAAUGCCACAUGCCAAAAAAAAUGCCACAAGCCAAAAUCCAUUUUGCUACAUGACCAAAAAAUAAAAUGCAACAUGGCAAAAACAAUUUUGCCACAUGUCAAAAUCUAUUUUGCCAAAUACCAAAAAAAAAAUGCCACAUGCCAAAAUCCAGUUUGCCACUUACCAAAAAAAAAAAUGCACCAUGGCAAAAUCAAUUUUGCCAGAUGCCAAAAAAAUGCCACAUGCCAACAUCCAUUUUGGCACAUACAAAAAAAAUUCCACAAGGCAAAGUCAAUUUGGAUUUCAUUUUUUCAUGCAAUUUCUCAUCUAUGAUGAUGCAUCCAUCUUAAGACAUGCAGAGUGCCUUUAUUAUUUUUGUUGUUGUUGUACAUUUUUCAUGUUUUCACGCAAUUUCUCAUGAUGACCGUUGUACAUUUUCUACCUUCUUUACAGCUGGUGGUUAUCAAGUGCGUGCUUUUUUUUUUCCAAUUCUUGACAUGCUCUGUGAGGACCAUUUUUGAUAAUAAACAGUCUCAAUGUGUACUUCUCUCUUUAUAAAGUGUUAUUAAAAAUAAUUCAAAAUCAAAUCCUGUUCAAUGGAAAAAAAGUUAUUUUUUUUAACCCCACAUAUCUCUAACACAUUUUAGAGCUGUAAUUGGAAUACCAUGAUACCGUGAAAUUUUGGCUUAAGGUUAUCAUACCGUCAGAAUCUCAUAUCGGCACAUGCCUAGUGAACCUACAAAUUAAAUGCAAUAUAUCAAUUCAAAUUUCCAAAUGUCCAUAAAGUUGCAAUGAACAAUUAGCAAAUAGGCACUUCAACAUAUGUAGUAAUACCUUUCAAACAUUUUCAGUAAGUCUUUCAGGUGGCUUUCUCAUUGGAGAUACAUGAAGCUCAGGUGGUUGCUCCAGCAUCCUUAGAAUGUACUCUGUAGCCGUAUGAGCCUUCAACAGACUCCUCCUAUUUCUUCU